CAUAUAAUCUUAUACAUUUUAAGUUCAAAUGUAAUAUCGCCGUAGCCUUCUCUUCCAGACAGACCCCCCCCCCCAUGUAACCAUGGUUACGUGACAACAAAGUAGCAUGUCAUUCAGACGUCAUCAUAGAUAGAACACAGUGGCAGAAGCUCUUUUAGCGUUCUAUGGACAAGGUUUUGCACAGUAAAGAAAACAGUCUACCAGCUAGACAGUCCUUGUAACGAGUGGCAGGUAAAAGAUCAGCAGCUUCUUGAGGAUGGAAAAUCCAUGGACGAAGACCAAAGUACCGUCUUUUCACUACAUGCUCCGUGCAUCAGGCCAGUGUGAGGUUUGGCAUGACGCAUUUAAAGAUGCCAAAUUGCGUCAAUAUGGAUGGCGUUGCUCCACCAGUGAAGAUGCUUAUACCACUGCCACCUUGAUUGGCAACUGGUCUGAGCGGCGAUUUGAUGCUCGUUACUCUACAAAAUUAAGGCGCCCACUGCCAUCUCAGUUUUCUGACUACUUUGAAACAACGUAUAGCUCCACCUACAACAAAGAUGAGAAAAAACCCACUCAAAACAUCCACACGAAAGAGCCCAGAAGUUUCCCUGGACACCAACCAGAGUUGGACCCCCCCCACACAAAGUGUGUAGCAGACUCCUGCUACCGACAGGAUUUCAAAGCACAUGGAGGAGAAAGCAGAGAAGGUGAUGGAGCCUCACGACCCCACAGGACAUCACGAUGACCCAAGAUUAGCAGGAUAUCUCCCUGGUCUUAAAUACAGCAAACAGAUACAAUUUUAUUUGACUCUCUCCCUCACUUUUUUUUUUUUUUUUCAUGAAGAUUAAAUGUACUGACGUGCUCAGUUUUUAGAUUGUCAGAAUGAAACGGAUGAGUCUGUCUGAUUUUUAACCUAACUCUCCACAUCUCUGAUAGAACAGAAUCCCAGUUACUUUCUACACCUCCUCCCUUAGGUGAGUGGAAACAGUGACUGGUUAUCGGAUAGCUGCAGCAAACAAGGGUGUGGUUAUGGAUUUACGGCUUGUUUUGGGAAGUAGGCCCACUGUGGCAUCAAAUGCAGAGUAUCUGUUUAUGACACAUUGUUUGACCCUCACAUAAUCCUCUGAGAAUUCCUAUUGAUAGUCACAAUUUGUUCUUUUUACAGCUGACUGAGAGAAAGAAAGUUAACAUAAUUUGUUUUUAGGGUGCCUUAUCAGCUGCAGUCUGGUUUCUUUACCACAGUGAGUUAUAGGUUAUUAUCUAAUCAGUGUAUUCAUUGUUCAUGCCUUAGCUGCGAGAAGAGGCUUUGGGACUGGGCAUAAUCUAUACUGUCAAUAAACACUCACACACACACACACACACACACACAGAGAGAGAGAAAGAGAGAGAGAGAGAGAGAGAGAGAGAGAGAGAGAGAUACUUCCUGUUUUGAAUGAAAUUAGUUGGUUUAAUUAAAUAAUCAAUUUAACUGUGUAA